AUGAGGGUUGGGAACCCUACAGAAAGCAAAACCAAAACCUCCACAGAUAUUUAUCUAACAAAAGUUUCAACUAAUCCAAAAAAGCUUGAUGCAGACGGGGUAGCAGAUCCAGGUCUUUCGGGUGCUGGAGGAUUGCAUAGAGACGAUUGGGGUCGAUUCCUUGAGGGUUUUGCUGCUGGGGUUGGCUUUGCGAGCAGAGUUCUGGGCAGUCAAAAUUGGUCUAGAAAUGGUGUGGAGAUUUCACUGAUGAAGAAGCAAGACGAGCCCAGGUUAAAAAAAUUAUUAAAAAACUUAAUACUCUCCCUGCAUAAUCUUUACAUCAUAUCUGUGAAGGGAAUUAAGGGUCGCUUGAACCGCUUGCCUUCUGCCUGCGUUGGUGAUAUGGUAAUGGCCACUGUCAAGAAGGGGAAGCCUGAUCUCAGGAAGAAGGUUAUGCCUGCUGUCAUUGUUAGGCAGCGUAAGCCUUGGCGUCGAAAGGAUGGUAUUUUCAUGUAUUUUGAAGAUAAUGCUGGUGUCAUUGUGAACCCCAAAGGAGAAAUGAAAGGCUCAGCAAUUACCGGUCCAAUUGGAAAGGAGUGUGCUGAUCUUUGGCCUAGGAUUGCAAGUGCAGCUAAUGCUAAGAGCUUUAAUUUGUCUGUUCCUUUUCUUUGGGAAUCAUACUCUCGUUAAAUCCUAUAUGUUUUUGUAGGGUUAAUUUUAGUUGUGUUUUUGUUAUUUUAACUAAAUUUUAUUUGGAGCUUUAUAUGCAGUAAUGAACUUUAUGGA